AUGUUGGACGUGGCGAGCAUCAGCAGCAGCAUGGCACGCCUUCAUUCACCAGACCAAGGAUGGCCAGAUGCUUCCACGCAGCUCAUCUCCUCCAGACUCGAACAAGGCGCCCGCCAUAUCUCGCCGCUCAAUGCCACCCUCGACCCUGCCUCUUCCCCCUCGUCUUCGUCUUCCAGAUGGCCCGAGUCUUCCCUCCGCACCGCAUCCGCAUCCGAAGCCGCCUUGCCACAGCCUCCCACUCGCCUCGAACGCGCAGAGAGCUUUAUGAGCACCGCAACCGUAUCCUCGGGCAUCCUCGCCUCCGCCACCAUCUCCAAGGCGAGCACCGCAACCAUUCGCAAGGUAGAACGCACCGCCGCCGCAGCGCGUCCCGUCCGAAUCACAAAGUCAAAGAGGGACGUCGACAACAUCACCCCCUCCUCCUCCCUAGACCGUCUUAGCUUCCGCAGCACAGACGCAACCGAAUACCAAUCAUCUCCCAUCUCGGUCGCAGAUCAAUCCCACACCACCGUCACCACCAGCUUCGACGCCACCUUGCGCUCUCCCGCAUUCGCUGCCGCAAAACGCUCUUCACCCAACCAAAGCCUCGCGCUGGACCUCGUCGAGCCAAAGUCGUUCUUCUCCGACUCGUUCUCCGCCGACGGAUCCAUACGCUCCCAAAGCGCUUCCGCAUCGCGUCUGCCUUCCUUCUCCUCGGAAUCCCUCCACGUCGGCUCCAACCAAUCCACCUCGCGUCGGGGCUCCGACCAGCCUGCCAACGACAUGGGCGCCACCGACCGUCAUGCCUCCGAGAUGUCUCACUCCUCCUCUUACCAGAGCGCAGUCUCCUCGCUCGCCCAUUCGUCCGAGCGCAGCAAGCCUCAGGUCACACCACCUUCCUCCACCGCAUCCAGAGCGCCCACCAACGCGCCCAGGUUCGGCCUUGGUAUCCAGACUCGCACCACGCCUGCUUCCAAUCAAAUCCAUCAUCAAGUCGCCCCUUCGCUCGAAGUGGUGCCAGAAGCACGCGAAUCGCCUUAUCUCGGCAGUCGCGCAAGUCAGGCCGCUUCCACUCCAAGGCUCGGCGGUCCGUCCGAGCCCUUGACCAUAUCCACCUCCUUGCCACCAAACUCCGAGCCAACGUGGGGCCAGAGCUAUGCGCCCCUGGACAACAUGGCCGGCUCCCUUGCCUCCUUUUCCUUCCCGUCUCCGGCGCCAUCGUCCGCCUUCCCCAGCAGUACUUCCAACAAGCACGGCCUCGCCGCAUCGCUCUCCGCCACCAAACCAUCAUCACGCUCACCAGCCAGCGCCUUUCACUCGUCCAACCCUUCCAUCCAAUCCUUUGCAUCCAACGCACAUCCGACUCCCUUUUCGUCGUCCCUCAAAGCAAACGAUGCCGGCUUUCUGCAUGCCUCGGGCUGGAAGCAUGCUCCGCCCUCCUCGUACGCAGGUUCCGUCAUCAGCUCCGUCGGCGCACCAUCUACCUUUGGUCUUUCCAAUUUGGCACCUGCCAACCGUGACGACAUGCUCCAGCGCCUCUUGCUUGAUCAGACCCGCGUCGACUGCCAGGACUACGGCACAAUGAGUCUCGAACAGGUGGCAGAGGCAAAGCGCGAGCUCAAGCACGUCGAGCGCAAGGUCCAGAAUCUGCGCUCCAAGCUCAAGGUCGAAAUCAAGAUCCGCGAUGCCGCCGUCGCGCUCCGCAAAGCCCACCGCAGGACAGCUGCAUCCCCGCAUUCACCCACCUCCUCCAUUUCCCUCGCAGUUUCGCCCACCUCGCCAGGCUUUUCGUCCGCGCCAGCAGCCAGCUCCAGCGCCGCGCCGCCUCUUUCUGCAACCUCCUCAUCCUUCUCCUUCGCCGCACGCAGCCGCGCCCUCAGCGUCUCCGCCAGCGAGGCAAAGGCAGACGAGGAUGUCAUCCUAGCAACCGCAAAGGUCGACAAAGUUGCCAACGAGCUCUUCAAAUGGUCAGAGCGCGCCAGCUGGCUCCGUCGCAAGAUCCUCGAGCAUCAAGCCGCCACCCUCUCGGAGCGCGUCGUCCACCUCGAGUCCGACCGUCAGGUCAUCGAAGAAAAGCUCCCCUUCCUCACCACUUCCGCCUCCUUCGAGUCGCUUGCCCCUUCCGCCUCCGCCUCCGCCGUCGGCCUCUCCCGCUACCGCGACGCAGGUCAUCGCUACCAGCCCUCCGCCGACGAGCCCUACGUUCCGCGCGGUCCCCAAGACCCGCUCCGCCACAACCGUCUCGAAUCAGACCUCAGCGCCAUCAGCGGCUUCAGCUUCCUCGACGCAUCCGCCCCUGACAAGCUCCGUCGUCUCGGUGAAGAGCUCGAGCGCAAGCGCGAAGUCGUCCGCAAGCUCGAACAAGACUUGAGUGCCAGCCGAGACGCAACCCAGCGUCGCGACGAGACUUCAGACCGUCUCACCCAGCAGCUCGAGGAGCAGUCGCGCGAACGCGCAAGCGCCGUCGGAGAGCUGCGUUCUCUGCAGGAGCAGCUUCGAAAGCACGACGAGACGGCACGCGAGGCACAAGCCACCGCCGUCCGCGCAGCCGUGGCCGAGGUCGAGCAGAGAAUGCACAAGCAAAUCGAGCAAAGCCGCAGUCGCGACCUCGAAAAGGAAGAUGCACUCGUCAACGCCAAAGCCGAGUCCAUGGCCAGUACGCGCGCCGUCGCCGAGCUUCAGUCGCGCCUCGACACAAAAGACGACGAGAUCAAAGCCCUUCGCACUCGCGCCGACGCAGCGGAGCGCACGGCCGAAGAGCACAAGCGCAACUUGACCGACGUUCAGAAAGAGUCGACUCGACAGCUCAGCCAAGGCAAUCAAGGCCUCGCUUCACUCCAGGCCGAGCUGCAGGAUGCUCAAAAGGCUCAUGAUGCUGCAAACACCUUGGCAUCUAGCCGCGCCAGUGCGAUAGUCGAACUCGAAAAGAAGCUCGAGCAAGUGCGCACCGAGCUCGACGCGGAGAAGCAGGCACGCGCCACUGUAGACAAGCAGCUUUCGGAAGCGCAAAAGCAAGCCACUCAAUCGCGGUCCCGCGCAGACGACGCGGACAGCAAGCUCAAGGAGCUCGAGCUCGCCGUCGGUGCCGAGCGCCGCAUCAUGGCAGAGCGCGACGAGCUCUUCCACGCCUUUGAGCGUAGGCUCGAGAGCGCCGAGCAGCGUCUGCAGGAGUCCGACAAGCGAUGUGCGCGCAUGCUGGGCAAGCACGAGGGCCGCGAGGAGAUGGACGACCUUCUCGAGAUGAUCAAGAAAGGCGCCUCCGGCGUCGCAAAGAAGAAGAAGACGGCGGGUCAAGACAUUGCGGCUCUGCUGUCGAGCCUGGAGACGCAUCUUGGAGAUCUCGAGCUGGAACUCGCCCGAGCGAACACGCACAACUCGUCGCGUGAGAGCAUGGCAGCGUCGGAUAUCUCCUCGCCGGCAGUCAACGGAACGAAAGAUGGAGCGACCGAGGCCAAGGUUCAACACCUCGAAUCUGAGGUCCAGCGCCUCCAGGCACUUUUGCAGUCAAACGAGCGAACAAAGACACAAGCAAAGCCGUCGCCCGUUGACACGGAGAAGGUGCGGCGCCUGGAAGCCGAGGUGCGCAGUCUCACCGAACAGAAGGACAAUUGCAAGCGCCAGGGAGAGGAGCGCGCCACCCAGCUCGAAGAAGAGCUCCGCGCACUCGGCGAACAGAUCGACUCGCUCGAGCGCCAAAGACGCAAGGAGGUGGAGCAGCUCGAGUCCAAGCUCGGAGACCUCGAGGCCCUCAAGCGCGAGCUGGAAAAGAAGCUUCAGAGCGCAACGAUUGUCGCUUCACCCUCGACAUCCACCGACGCAGCGCCGGUGCGAAUGAGCAAGGGCGUCUCGCCGAUGGUCUCCACCGUGCCACUGCCGAAGAAAGGAGUCGGCAACCUCAUCGAUCGAUUCGGCGGGGGCCGCAAAACAUCGUCAGAGAUGCGGCCCGAAGACGAAGCAGCGACGCUGCAAGCCUGCCUGCGCUCGGUCGAGGCGCUGCGUGCGCUUCUCCCCGACUUGUCGGCUGCUGCCAAGGGCUCGGCGGACCUGCAUGCUCUGCGAGAGGCCUUCGAGGCGCGCGAUGCUCCUCUGCCAAGCCCGACAGUAUCGAGAUCGCCCAGCUCGACGCGGAUGGCGCUGGGCGCCACAGAGCUGCAGUCUGAACUCGAAGCCGCCACUGAGCGCAUUCGGAGCACGAUGGCCAUCAGCCGUGCCGUUAUCGAUUUGGCGCUCGAGUCCAGGUCGGACAAGCAGCAGCAGGGCACGGAAACGCACAGCAACGGUGCGGCCUUGCAGAAGCAGGCCGAGGGCGCAGGAGUGCAGCAGGCGCUUGUUUCGCGAGUCACGACGCUCACCGCCAAAGUCAAGGAGCAGGCGGAGCGCGAGAGCAAGCUCAAGGCCGAGCUGGCCGAGGCGCGCGAGCAGCUGGAGGUGGCACGGUCAGCGCUGCGGGCGCCGCCAUCGCCGUCGGGGUUGGUGCCGGCGAGCGACUCGAUGCUUGGCCUCUCGACAUCUCCGGCCAAGGGAGGCGAGUCGAACGUGUUCAGCCUGCCGAAGAGCAUCGGACGCGCGGGAUCGAGCAAGUCGAUACGCUCGCUGUUUGUGGACAAGGCGAGCCCAAGAGCCGUGGCAGGGCUACAGCUGCCGGCGAGUGCAUCGCUCGUGCCGCCUCGUUCGCCGUCCGGGAUGGACGUGCUGCCGUCGCCGACGCGAUCGAACUACAGCGCGAUGUCGUCGCCCUCGAUCCGGUACAUUUCGCCGUUUGCCGCGCCGGGCUCGGACGCGCGGCCUCCUGCGCGAGCCGCGCCAGAUACGCGCCAAGAGGGUGGAGCGGGUGCCAGUGCGGGCAACAGCUCGAGUGCGGAUGGCUCGGGCCAGGGCGAGGCGUCGGACUCGACGUCGUUGCGCUCCGGCAGCAGUCCGAGCUCGACGCACCUUGGGCUGCCGAGUUCGGCGACGAGUGUGGCGGGCACGUCGCAGUCGUCGUUCUCGGUGCAGCGCGCUGGCGGUGGCGAAGGCGCGUCGGCAGCCGGGGCGAGCGGCAUGAUCAAACGCACCAUCACACUCGGUAUGGAUGUGCCGCAGCUGGUGGAGCGCGUGCGCGAGCUCGAGCGGCAGCUGGCGCACACGGCGUCGAUCCGGCAGCGCGCCGAGCGGGCGGGCGAACUCGAGGCGCAGCUGCGCGAUGCGAACCACGCGUAUGCGGUGCUGAUCGAGCGCAUGGAUGCCGAACGUCGCAACGACGCCAAUCGCAAGGUCGAGAUUCUCAACGAGCUCACCGAUGCGCAGAGCCGGCUGUGUGCGACGCAGCGCGGGCAGGCGCUUUCGCCGCUCGCCUCGCCCAUGGGACCGCACAAGCCGUUGCCGCCGCCCAAGGACUGA